AUGCCAUCGAAAAUCAGGAUUGUUUUGGAGGGAUACGCGCGGUAUCGUGAUGGUAAGAAGUGGAAGAAACGUUACUGCGUGUUGUCACUCUCACCAACUACUCCAGACGCUUUACAUUUAUACAUCACUAAAAGUUACGAUGAUUUUGCAGCUUAUCGUAAUUCAGGUUCAGUGCUUACUGCAAUGCUUCCAGCUGUUCGCAAAUUACAUGAAUUGCCAAUUUCUCCAGAAUCCCGUGCUUUACUUAAUGAUACUCCCAAUAUUAUACAAAGAUCAUCUGAUCACAAUCAUACCUUAUCAGUUUAUCAAAAUACUUUAACUUCUCAACCCUCCACAUUAGCCAAUUACUGUUCAUCGACUACAACUUCUAGUGGUCCACUAAUUAAUACUGCAGCUCAUUCUUAUAAUACUGCUUCAGGGAACACUUUAUCAGGACUCGCAACAGCAUCAAAUUUAGCAUCAAGUGUUGGUGGUCCAUCACCUGUGGAUGAAAUAACAGGUUUUGAAAGUGGUUACCAUAUGGAUAAAGAAUCAAAUAUUAUAGUCUUAAUUGGUGGAUCAUCUGUGUAUGCAUUAGCUCUAGCCGGUAUGGAUGAAAUGUUCUGCUGGGCUGAUAACCUAGCUCGUAUCGUUGUUGACAAUCGAUUUCGAGUCACAUUACGUCAUAGUGGUGAUGGUAGUAAACUAUUUCAAGGUCUUCAAGGCAGUUUACAUGUACAACAUUGGCGUCUAUGUUUAAUAGGUGAACCGUCGACUGGAUGUAAAUUUAUUUGUAACUGGCGAUUAGAUCAUGUUGAUAAAGCAUAUACAAUGACAAUGCCUGCACAAAGUGCAAAUCAAUUUUUAUCAAACAAUAGUAAUAUUAACUCCACCAAUACUUCCACUACUACUAUUACUACUACUACGAGUAAUUCUACGACAGGCAUCACCAAUAAUUCUGCAACAUGUGUUUCAACAAGUUUAACAUCAACAUCUGCUUCUUCUAUAUCUUCAUCUUCGUUUAAUACUGGUAAUCCAUUGAAUUUAGAUCAUCACAGAAAUGGAUCACGAACUGGAUUAACAACAAUAUCUACAGUACCAACAUCGACAACAACAAUGAUAACAUCACCAAGUCGUGGUUCAUAUAUAUUUGAAAUUGAUGGUAGCCGAUUAGUUGAGUUAACAAUAGCUAUUGAGCAAUUCACUGCAUUACGUUAUAAUCCAAAUUUGAAACCGGCUACAUGUGCAGAAGCGUCUCAAUUAACUGUUACAGCUCAAUCAAAUUUAGGUACAACAAAUUUUGGAACAAUCGAUCGUUGUAAUAAAAAUGAUAAUUUAUUUUAUAAUAGUAACCCUCCAAUAUGUACAACAAUACAAAAAAAUAAUGGUAGCAGUACAAUUGAUGAUUUAGGCAUUGCUUCAUCAUCAUUUUCAUCAGAUACAAGUAGUAAUCCACGAUCUGUCUCUCCAACCCAUCAUCAUCAACAACAACAGUUAACAAAAAGACGUAGUCGUGACAGUAUUUUUAAUCCUUUACGAAAAAUAUCGUCUGGACACCAUAAUUUUAAUUUAUUUAAAACAAAUGAUUAUCAAUCGUCAACAAUAGAUCGUCUUUUCAGUAAACAAACUAUGUCACAAUUCAUGAUUACUACUGCCACUGUUACUACUACUACUACUACUUCUACUAUUAAUACUGCUAAUACAACCACUUCCGGUACUGAACAAUCAUCAGUUCCUGUAUUACAUUCUAAAUAUAGUUGGAAUUUCCAAAGAACAUCAUCUUUAUCUCCUCCAGAUAUGAUUGUAAAUGAUUCGAUACUGGAUAAUUAUAAUCCUAAUUCACUGUCAAGAUAUGAUCGUUUACAUCAAAAUAGUUUUAAAGAACAAUUUAAUCUCAGUGGCGGUGGUGGUCUCAGUGUUGUUGCUACAACAAUUGCAGUAACAACUGCUACGAAUCAUAAUAAUAAUAUUCAAGAGGGUAACAAUAGUCCAAUUGAAAUUAUGAAUUCAUUAAAUAAAACGUCGCAUAAUGUUAGUGAUUUCAGUACAGUAUCUAAUCCUGAUCAAUCAGUUAUGUCUAACAAUAAUAAUAAUAACAAUCCUCUUACCUCAUUUAUAUGUUCAUGUUCACCAUUAUGUAAUACUGGGACUAAUAAUAAUAAUACAUUCCCAAUGUCUUCAUCGUCUCGUUUAGUUGAUGAUGUGAAUGUAUUAUCUUCAUCGUCUUCUUCCUCAUUGAUGAUUGGUCAUGAUAUAAUUGAAAAUAUGUCUGAAACGAAUUAUUUUCUUGAUGAUAAUAUACAAGUAGCUAAAGUUGCAGCUGGUCUAAUUAUUUCUAAAAAACCACCUUACUAUCAUCACCAUCAACAACAACACUUCAGUGGAAGUGGUUAUCCUACACGGAUUUCCGGGUUAACACCAGCUAGUACAACUUUUUCUGGCGUUUCUAAUCUGACUAAUACUACUACUAGUACUAUUUGUGGUGCUGUUACAACUGGUAACAGUAAACAACCACUACCAUCAACAGUUCCUUCAUUUCGUGUUUCCUCUACAACUUCAACUCGUCAUCAUCCACAUACUCAUCAUCAUCGUUUUAUUUUUGAUGGUCCUAAUUCUAGUGGUAAUCAGUCAUCGAGUGGAUGUUCUACAACUGCAGUUCUUCCAUCAGUUCCUAUUCCAUCUAUUGGAACUGAUUCUGGUAUCAAUAUUCAUAAUUUUAUGCAUAGUUCAUUAUCAUCAUCUUCCAGUGAAUAUAAUCGUACACAACUUUACCCUGAAUCUUUAUUACCUAAACAAAGACAAGAUUCACAACAAUAUCAUAAUAGUUUAUUGAAUUUUAUUUCAUCUUGUCAAAUCUCUGAUUCACUGAAUACAUCCACUUCAGACUUAAAUUUUUCUGCUACUACUACCUCGUCUUCAGUGGAAUCUACUUUAGAUCAAGUUGAUAAUAAUAAAAAUAUUUGUAAUACUGAUAAAAUUAUUACUAAUACCACUACUAUUACUACUGGUAGUAGUAGUAGUACUACCACUACAACUUGUGUUAAAAGUAUUCGCAACUCUCCUAAUCAUGAAAUAUUUACAGCAGAUGAAGACUACUGGGAUUUACGUGAUAGUAAUUGUCAGCAUAAAUUAAUUCAAUCAUCAAAAGUGUAUUCAACUAUGGUUGGUGUUACAGAUACAUCAAAUACAUCUGAUAAUCUCUGUCUUAUGACUGGUACAAUUUCAUCUGAUUCUGUUGAACUGCAUACAUGUACAAAAUCAUCAUCUAAUCCAUGUGAACUUAAUCAGUUUACCAAUACAUCAUUUGUUUAUCCUCACUUCAAUUUGUCAUCAAUUGAACCUGGUCAAUGUAUUUACCGACAUCGAUUACAGCAAUAUCGAGUUUGUAAUUGUAUAUCAUUACUUCGACGAUCAUUUUCUGCGAAUUCUAACAUUCAAUUCAUUGAUUUAUCAAAUAAUGAUCUUCAAAUUGUUAAUUUUCGUCCAUCUUUAACAUUAAGAACUAUGUGUUCAUUAGACAGUUCUAUUGUUUCUCGUACAAAAACUAUAAAUGAUAACAGUUUGGUCGAGAACACUACUGCUGCUACUGAUCACAAUUCAAAACUUUGUCGUUUUCAAAAAAUUCACAGAUUAUUUCAUCGUAAACAACAUUCUCAAAGUCAUGAUAAUCUUCAAUAUGGAAAAACUUCAAUGGAUAGAUCAGAACUUUUAAACGAUAUGGAUUUCGACGUACAACUAUGGGAUGAAGCGAAAUCUAAAAAAAAAUUAUGUACGAAUAUACCAUCCUGGAAUUGUACCGGUGAGGAUGCUGAUACUAAUGAUGAUACACAUGAAAAUCGUUUUUAUAGAAAUCUUGAUCUUUGGUGUCGAAUCUUUAUUUGCCCACGCCAUGGUGUUCAAAGUCUUCACUGGAACUUUAGUAGUGAUGAUGGUCAACAACAUAUUUCACGAUUGAAUACUAGCAGAAAAGACAGUGUUCCUCAGUCUAAGAAACAUUUAAAAUCGACAUUUGAUAAUCAAAAGCAUUCAAAAGUAUCAACUCUGCCACCUCAACUUUUAAAUACUACCGCUUUACCUCGACCACUAUCCUUGGUACGUUUAACGACAGAAAAAUCAAAAUGUCAUUGUAGAAAAAGUUCUGAACACUAUAUAAAGAACAAAGAAUCGAAAGUUACAAAUUUAAACUUCGACGAAGACAGUAGUGUUGGUAAUAGUGAUAUUACUUCUUUAAUCAUAGAUGUAACAAGCUCCCACACACUUCCUAAAAACAAAAUUUCCCAUUCAUUACUACCAUCACAUACAACUAUCUCUUCAACUAUAAUCAAUCAACUAUACAGUUAUUCUCCAAAUAAUAAUAAUAAUUAUUACUAUUAUGCACCGGUUAGUAAUAGAUGUCCAUCUUUAAUAUCAUUAAAUUCCUCACCAUGUUCUGAACCAUGUUUAUCUCAAAUUAAUUUGAUCCAUUCAUUAUCAUCAUUCGGUGUAGAUUAUAAUCAUGAUUUAUCAUUAAACAACAACACUUCGAAAUCAUUAAUAUCAUCUCCAUCCUUAUCACAAAAUAUGAAAGAAAGAAAUAAUAAUGAUGAUAGUAUGUUAUCAGAUGUACAAAAAUCAUGUCACUCAGAGAUGAUGACUGGCGGCAGCUCAGUAUUAUUAUCAUCGCCAUCUUCAUCACCACCAAUGCCAUCGAUUGACUUGAAAUAUCAUCCAUUGUUCCGUUGUAAUAAUACUGUUGAGAAAUCUUUAGUUGGCUCUUUAUCUAACUAUUGUGAUGUUGAAUUUCUAAAUGAAUUACGCUUGUAUUUGUUACGCAUGAAUUCUCACCAUAAUGAUAUUGGUAAUAAUAAUAUAUCUGGCCUAAUUGAAUCUUCUCAACAGAGAAAACAAAACGUUAAUGAUAAUGAUGCUAUUGGCGAGAAUGUUACAUGUAUACGUGAUAUGCACCACGGUAGUAAUGAUGAUUCUGACAUAUUACAACUAUCAUUACAUUCUGAUAAACAGACACAAUCCCUUUCAUCAUCCGCCUCCUCUUCAGGAGGACUAACAACAACGAAAAGAAGUGAUAUUACCCGGUCUAAAGCACUUUAUGGAAACAACACAAUCGAUAGCAAUAUCGAUGAACCUAAUUAUUCCACAAAUCAACAGUCUUGUAACAGUAGUACUAGGCAAUCAUAUCUAUCUAAAUUGUUUGAUCGCUCUAUUAGUAGUAAUGUUAAAUCAUUAUCUCCAUCCAUUUUCUCUCCUACAAUACGAGCAAAUACUUUACCAACUACAAGAAUUCUUCGUCAACAAUCAAUUAAUCAUAAAAGUACUUGGAAUAGUGGUAAUAAUCAUCUUAUUUGUGUUAAUUCAUCAAAAGUGGAUACUACUAAUCAAGAUAUUCUUGCUUAUAGUAACAGUAUUAGUAGUAUCAAUCAAAAAGUCAAUAAUCGCUUACAUUUUUCAUAUCGUUCUGACCAUCGAAAUUCCACUGUGCAAGAUAAUCAUCAUUUUAAAAUGAACACUACUAUCAAUAAUGAUAAAUUAAAUAGCCUAUUAACUCGAAAGUUUUCUCAUCAAUCAGAAAUCGAUCAUCUCUCGCGUAUCAUAACCACAAAUACCUCUAGCAGUAACAAUAAUAAUAAGAGUAAUGCAAACAGACGAUCCAGAAAGUCCAAUGAACAACCUAAUGAUAAAUCUACACUUUCCAAUUGUAAUGUUGAACAACAAAUGCCUGUUGAAUAUCCUGUUUAUAAUAAUUUGAUUGAAUUACGAGAAAGUGUUCGUUCUUUGAGUAAUGAUGGUGUUGGCAGUAUGUUGACUUAUGGUUUAAAAUCGAUUCCAUCCCUUCAGUCCUCAAUUAUAACAUCAACAUCUGGAAGCCUACAAUCUGGGUCAUCAUUAUCAUCACAAUCCCUACAUGUAACUACCAAUGAAGAUAAUAGUUAUCAUCAUCAUCACCAUCCCAAUCAAUCUACAACAGCCAAUUAUGUUAAUUUACCAAUGUUUUGGUCUAACCAUCAUUCUACUACUGCUACUACUACUACUCCUACACCUUCGUCAAUGUUUUCUAGGUCGUCCACAUCAUGUCAACGACAACAUUCUACUGAUGUGACGACGACGGUAACUACGACAAUAGAGCCUCGAUUGUAUGCUAAUAUAAUGCCGCUCAAUACUACCAGUAAAUAUCAAUCAGCUAGAAAUAAACAGCAACACAAUAAAACUGACUUCAGUUUAUUGUCCAAAAAUCAUAUUCGUUAUAGUGGUGUUGGUACUCCUCCCUCUGUGGCUGACUGUACUGGUAAUAGUAGCAAUACUUCAUUAAAUGGCGAGUCGCAACUGCCAUCAGGUGUUAUAAUUGAUCAUAAUAAAUCUCAUUCUCUGGACCCUAAUUCAGUAAUUAAUUUUAUCCCUACUACAACAUCAUCAAUAAUACCUCAAUAUUGUCCAGUCGCAGUAGUGGCGAGCGCACGAGCAGCGGCAAAUUUACCCACUAACUCUGAUUAUUCAAACCUACCUGAUGAGGUCCGUGAUCCUAGUCGGAAUUAUGCUAUGGUCGAUUUAAGACCUAGUCCAGCAAGUUCUACUAUUCCACCUACAGAAUUAACACUGAACAUAAUUCAACAUCAUAAUGAUCACCGUACUGGUCAAUUUACAACCUGUAACAGUAGUAGUACUAGUACUGGCAGUAGUAGUAGUAGUGGUGAUUGUACGAGUGAUGCAGCCACUCUAACAUCGGAUACUAUUGAAAGUUACGAAACUAUUGGUGCUUCUAAUAAUAACAAUUCAUAUAAUAAUAGUAAACUAAACAAAUUGAAAGCAAAAAAUUCAGUUGAUACGGACGGUGGUGGCGGUAUUCGUGGUGAAGAUGGCAACUUAUUGACUGGCUCAAUUUCUUCAUCACGUCGUAGACACAGUCAUAGUUUAUCAUCAGUGACUACAACAGACCAUCCAUCAAUUCUAUUGAAUUAUAUUCAUGUUAUCGCUGCAUCUAAUAGUCGUUUUACAUCAAUAACUACAACUGCCGAUGAUGCAGUUCGAUUAUCCGGUCCAUGUUCUGUAGGUGAUUCUAAUCAUAAUCAUAAUAAUAAGAGUUUAAUUUGCGAUUUUGGCAAUUCACCUAAUUCAUCUAAUAGUAGUAGUAGUGGUCUUGGAGUUACAUCAUCAUCGUCAUCAUCAACUGGAUCUUCUUUAGUACCUGUUUCAUCAACUUCAUUUGGUGAUACUUUUUCAUGCCGUUCUAUGACAUCAUCUGGUAUUUCUUCAGUAGAAGGUGGUAAUGUAGUUGUUUCAGAUAUGGUAGAACUACCCAGUUGUUCACCACCUGAUGAAAAUUGCGUCAACUAUACACAAAUUGAUUUUGCACGUACAAUGGCAUUAGGCGAAUUAUCUGGUGAUAUUAUGGCACAAGAAAAUCAAACGUUGCAUAAAUUACCUUCUACUACAACCGGCAUACGUAUUGCUAAUCGAUGGAGUAGUAGUAAUUCAAACAAAAUUGAUCGUACUACGUCUGUUAAAAAAACAUUAUGUCGUUCUAUACGCCUGAUUGGUCGUGGGACUCGUAAAAAAGUUGGAUAA